AUGAUUCUGCCACUGCACACCGUGGACCCAGGGAAUCAUAAAUUCAGCGCGGUGACCACUGUUUUAAUCCUAGACAAAGAAAUCUACACUCUCUGGCGGGUGGUCAGUGAAGCAAAAGGAUUCGGCGCAUCAGCAAUUAUCUUGGUCAGAAUGUCAGAUAUUGAGAUCAUUCGCCAAAUUACUGACCUCAUUGGGGUCACAGAAAGUAUAAUGGUGGCAUUCGGCUCUAUCAAAGACCUCUCUAGCUUACCGGAGGCCUUUCAGGAAGCCAUGAGAUGGCUUCCUCUUGUUGAAAACACCUUGCGACAUGCCAAACGUGCGGCGGAGAAAUUGAACUCUACCGAAGAUGCCCGGGCACUGAAGACCGUCCUGCAUGAUUGCGACAAGAAAGCCGAUAAUAUACUGGAGAUUUUUGAGCAACUUGGUGAAAAGUCAAACGGAGAAUACAACUCGUCCGUGUACCGCUGUAUAGUUAUCAAGCAGGGAAAACAGCGUGUGGAGACUUUGAUGGACGGCAUUCUGGAGGACCUAGGAACCUUGGUUACUCACAAGGCGUUUCUAGGAGAAAUGCACAAUCAAAUCAACCUUUUGGCGAAGGCUCGCGAAUAUCUGGCGGGAAUUUGUCCCUCGCUGGCCGAUUCGGAUCUUGCCGAUCAGCCCAGGGCUGCCAACCAAUACGGCGAGAACAGUCGCCAGUACAACUUGUUCGGUGAAGGCACACAGAGAAUCGCUGAUGGCCACUAUUUCGAGGCGAAGGGGAAUCAAAAUUUUGGUAUACUUCCUUCCAAGGAGUCUGUGGAGACCAGAUAG